AUGGAAGAAAUAGCAAAUAUGCAUAAGAAAAUGCAGGAUGACAUAACGGAACAAAGAAAAGAAUUAAAAAGUUUACAAGAAAAUAUUUCAAAGCCUAUCAUUGAAAAUAUGGACUUAAAAUUUAAGGAAAUCGUGUCAACAAUGAAGAGCUUGAGGAAAUUAUUUCCUAGAGCUAGAGGAUUACGUCCUAGCACGAAAUAUAACAAGUAUCCACAACGUUGA